AUGGGGAAUUGCAAUAUUACUGAUAGGAAGGACUUUCCAGAUUCAUCAAAAGUUCUGUCGGUGCAUAACUUUGAAUUUAUUGAAGUCCUGGGGAAAGGAGGAUUUGGGAAGGUUUGGAAAGUGAAGAGGAGAAAAAACAAAAGUUAUUUUGCCCUGAAAGUGAUGUCCAAGGCGAAGGUCAUCUCAAAAAAGAGUGUAUCUUCAGUCAUGAAUGAGAGAACCCUCUUGAGUUAGCUCAGGCAUCCAUCUCUGAUCAACAUGAUAGCAGCAUUUCAAGACAGGGAAAACCUCUACCUAGUUAUGGAUCUGUUGAGCGGAGGAGAUCUCCGUUAUCACAUUGGAAAGAACAAGAAAUUCUCAGAGGAAGAAACGAAGUUCUUUUGUGCUUGCAUCAUCAUAGCUCUGGAAUACCUCCACUCCCAAGGCAUCAUCCAUAGAGAUUUGAAACCAGAGAACCUAGUAUUCGACUCUGAAGGCUACCUCAGAUUGACAGAUUUGGGAAUUGCCCGUAUUUGGCGACCUGACAAUUCCUCAGAUACAAGUGGAACUCCUGGAUAUAUGGCACCAGAAGUGCUUUGCAGAUAGAAUCAUGGGAUUGCUGUUGAUUAUUUCGCAUUGGGUGUCAUGGUUUAUGAAUGCAUGUUGGGAAGAAGACCCUACGUGGGUAAAUCGAGAUAGGAGAUAAGAGAUAAUGUGUUGGCGAAGUAAGUUCAAAUAAAAAGAAAUGAAAUUCCUGUUUCAUGGUCUUUGGAUGCUGCUGAUUUUGCCAACCAAUUGAUCCAACGUAAACCAGCUCAAAGAUUGGGCUCCGAUAACCCAGAGGCUGUUAAGUACCACCCUUGGUUCAAAGGGUUCGAAUGGAAUAAGUUACUCAAUAAGGAGUUGCAUCCUCCUUACAUUCCUCGUUGUUCCAGCAAUUAAGGAGGGUCCACUCAGGAUACAGAACAGGACACCAAUGAAAAUAACAUGAUGCUUAGAAGGAACUCUAUCUAAGGUAUUUAGUGUUAAUAACUGUCGAUAGCUUAAUUCGAUGGAUAUAAUUAUGAUCCUAAUGAAGUGAUGAUAGCAGAACCAUCUAAAUUCUGA